UUGACCAGCCGCGGAGCGUGCAAGCACUCUCACAGCCGUAGGAGUCCAAGCAGUGGUCUAAAAACAAUUGAUAAUUUAACGUAAAAAGCCCUCAGAGCAGCUCGCUGCAGAACUGCGCUCGACAUGCUGCGGGCGGCGAUGCUCGCGAGGAGCUGCGCCAGACUGCCGUCGGCGGCGUCUGCCGCACGACGCGCCGCGUCGUUAGCGCCGAAGAGUGUACGUGCUACUGCACCGCGCCUGCUCGCGCUAAGUGAAGGAGAGCCGGCGGCGCAGCGGCUGCAGGCGCUGCCGGCGUCGCUCGCGGCAAGAGGACGGGCGACGGAGAAUCUCCAGUCGCUCGCCUUGGAGCCGCUGUCAAGCAGGACCACUCUUACGCUGGUCGGGGGCGGUCUUGUGAUUAGUGGAUGUGCCGGGCUGAAGUCUACGAAGUGCGCGUCGGACGACGACGACGACGACGACGCCGGCGAAGAAGAUGAUCCGCUCAAAAGCAAGCUCUGCAUCACCAACCUCUACAAUUAUAAGUACUGCGUCACGGCGCGCAUCUUCAAGUGCGCGAUGUGGGACAAGCACGACGAAUUCCAGCGGUGGUGCAUCGACGCGUGCAACGCGGCCUACUGCCAGAAGCUCUGGUGCCUGCGCACGGAGAGCGCGGUCCUGGACGGCACGGAUGCGAUGGUCCGCGCGCGAGGGCUGUCGCAGGCGCGGGACCACUUGGUGAACACCCUCAACGUCGUCGCCGACGGCGACUGGAAGAGCGACGCCACCAAGGUCCAGUUCGCGGAGACUGCGGUGAAGUACUACGCGCUCGGCUUCGUGGACUUCUUGGGCAACGACGCGGUCUCGCUCCGCGGCGCGGCGCGCGACGGCGUCGGGUUUCAAGAAUUAUGAUCUUGGACGAGUCCGUGACAGCGCGUCCUUCACCACAGGUCCAGACGUCGAUCGAGGAGUACUGGGACCUCUUCCACCCGGUGGCGGCGCUCCACCAGGGGGCGCCGCCCGAGAUGCCCUUCGACGCCGCGCUCCUCAUCCUCGACGCGUCGUACACCGCGCUGGGGAACGAGGACCUGCGCCAGCACGUCGACCUCGAGACGAUAGUGAGGAUACCGGUGUCGGAGUACACAUAGACUUGCGAGAGAGAGACGCGUGCGUGUUGCUGUUUCUCACCAGAACCGACCCAACGCAGACCAAAGCGUGUUGCCGCACGGGCAGCUCGACGGAGACGAAGCUGGCCGUCGACCACGUGCUCGAGGGCACGGAGCAGGCCUACUGGAGAGCGUCGCGGCGGUGACGACCCGUGUCCGACGGGGGCGCGUUUCGUCUCUUGAAUCGCAAACACGACGUCUGUUUCAAACACAGGUUCCGGCCCUUCAUGCUCGCCGCCGAGACCGCGGGCCAGGCCCUCGCACGCGUCCGGCCGGCGAUCGACGCGCUCGCUGCGUUCUGUGAAGCGCGCGCGUCGGCGGACGCGCCGCUCGCUCUCCCGAGCGACGCCGUCCUGGCGCUGGGCGCGGCCGGCGCCGUCGAGGUCGCGGCGGCGCCGCUCGCGACGGCCGUCGCCGACGCCUUCGUCGACGCGUUCGUCGGCCGCGACGACGUCACGCGCGACGACGUCCUCACCUGUGUGGAAAUCAACCAGUGAGUUAGGUUACCUGAGAAAUAUUGCCAUGAACCUUCGUGAACCUCCACGCCAUCGAACCGACGUGGUCAUGGCGACAACAUCGCGUCGAUGGCGUGUUACCCGAAAUUUGAUUUCCACACAGGUCCUCGCGGGCCUCCGCGCCUGUUUGGCGGCCGUCGAGCGGUUCGACGAGCCGCUGGCGGCGCUGCGCGAGGCGCUGCGCGGCGACAUUAGCCGCGCGGCACUCGCGCCCGGCGUCGCGGCGGACGCGGUCCCCUUCGCCGACAUCGCGUCGACGCGCGUGCCGGACGUGCUGGAGGCCGCGCGCGAGGCGCUCGGCCGCGUGGCGCUCGGCGUCGACGACGGCUCCGGCGGCGGCGCGCUCGAGUUCCUCGGCGGCGAGCUCGCGCACCAGACCGCUGCGUUGGAUCGGGCGGUCGCGGACGGGCAGAUCUGCCUCUACGGAGAGGCGGGGAACGGCUACGGCGGAGACAGCGGUGGAGCGGAGAUCUCUCGAUUGCGCGACGUUGUAGAUUGGGAUGCGAUGGACAAGCGGGACGACAUCGACACGAGGGCGGCGACGCUGUCCGGCGGCGAUCGAGCGCACAUCGCGCUCAUCCUCCGCGGGUCCAGCGAGACGCACCACAUCGUCUAUGAGGUCGCGCCGUUGACGAUGGGGGGCUUCGUCGUCGACGAAGCGCCGGCCUUCUCAAUUAGCUGCGUCGUGCGCGCGGCCGACGCGAACGUGAAUACUUGGGACUCGCUGCCGCGGCACCUCCUCGAGACGGACGCCGCGUGCACGCUCGCCGCGAUGCGCUUAUGUUUGCACUCGAUGCACUCGGGCGGCGCGCCCAUCUCCCUCGACGCGGUGGGCCUCACGGUGGAUUACUUGGGGAGGGAAGUCUACAAUUUGUUCCGGAAGACCCCUUUGCCGAGCUCUUUAUCAUGUAGCGGUGCCGUCCUCCGCAUGGGCAUGGGCUGCAAGACGCUCGUGGCCCUCGUGGGCGGCGACCGCUACGAUGUCUACGGGCGCGGCAAGAACCACUUCGGUACGCCGGCGUACUUCCCGUGGCAGUCCUCCGGCUGCGGCGACGUCGAGUUACACUGGUCGGCCACGGUCGACCCGGGCGCCGUCGACGCCGUCUUCAAUCGCGCGACGGGCCUGACGGCGGACGGGCUGCAGCGCGUGUACGACCGGGCGGUCGAGACACUACCGUGGCGGAAGAGCUGCUACAACGUCUCGGACGCCCUCUGCUGCGUCACACUCGUGCGCCCGGACGAGUGGGACAUGGUGACGUCGGUCGAUGGGUCGGGCGUGAUCGAGGGCUCGAUCAUCGUGCGCGACUUGCGCAUGGACGUCGCGGAGGAGAACGCGGGCACGGACGGGUUCCUCGCGCAAGUCUUCGCGAAUGCGCUCGGGCUCAAGUCGGGUACCGUCCAGUGCAUAAAUCAAUGGUACGACGCCUUCAGUCGACGUGGCGUCUGCUCGACGGCGUGCCUCUACGCUAUUGUCGCGACGUCUGCUCGAUGGCAUCGACGGCUUCUACACGCCACUUGUCAUGAGGGUCUUUACUACCGUACAUUCGUCCACGAUUAAGCCAGCACGACUGCGUCGUCGCCGAGAGGUUACCGAGGAAGAAUUAUCGGUGCACCUGACUCACUAUUCGAUUUGUACACAGGCGCCGUCGCCGUCACGGUCGCGAACGCUGCGAUUGCGGCAGACGUCGCGCUGCUGCGGGACAUUCCGCGCGGGAGCGCCGUCGUCAGCGGGAGCGUCGAUUCUCUCGAAGUGGCGAUGGUCGGCGGCGAAACGCCCUUGGAGGCUUUGACGCGCGCGCUCGACGUGCACUAUGCUUUAGAAGAGGCCGAGAGCGACAAGGUCAAGUACGAGUCGCGCGCGGCCGGCUUCGCUGAGAGCCUCACUGAAGCGCUCGACGCAGCCCAAGUUGGCGAGAUUUCGAAGUUGCUGUUAUUAGGUGCGGACUGCGUCGGGCCCAAUAGCCACGCGGCGGUCGUUGGACGACCCUUCCGGCCGAUGGUGGUUGGGGUUAAAAUCGGCCCAAGGCAACGGCAAGUUUACUACGUGAACGACCAGGGGGACAAUGUCAGACCGCACGCCUGUUGCGUCGUAGACGACGACUUUUUGUCCACGCUCUCGAAGGUAGCUGAGGCUGGAGGGUCGUUUACCCAUCGGGACGGGUCGCGUAUUGGGAAAUUACAAGAUUCACAUGUGGACAUCGUCUUGGUCCCGAUCGACUUUCCUAUCCGGCAUUCAUUAACUAUUAAAUCUGAAAAUGCUGCCGAGAUGAGGAAAGAGGCUCGCUACCUUUUCACGACCUACGUCGACGCUUUAUUAGGUUCGGACGUGUCCUUCGACAAUGAAGAACUCCGGCGCCAUCACGCCGUUUACAAGCUGCAAGACUGGACAAGAAACUCCAGCAAGUACAACCCUUGGUUAAUGCCGGGGCCGCCCACGGAGCCUUACCCGCCCGGCUUCGGCGAGUCCUGAGCUUCUGGGCCUGUAUACUAUGUGAUCCCGUUCCAGUCCCGCCCCCCUUGAUUCUAACGACAGUAUUACGGAUAGAACUAGCAUGCGCACGUCGAGCGCCUGUAACACACUAG